AUGUCCAUAUCGGAUUCCCAUCUCCAGCACCAGGGAUCGUAUCCUCCACGAAACGUCAUCGUCUCAGUCCCUCUUGCCGACUACCUGACGACUGGCGGAGAAGCGUACCACCGGAGCUACCUUGCGGCCCUGAUCGCCAUCGCAUCCUCUAGCGGUGGACCCGAUUGGCGGAACCUCCUCCUGGCCCUGCUGUACACCAUCGUUUUGACUGUCAUCUUCUCCCGCCGUGGACUUGCUAUGUGGUCACAAACCGCCUUGUACCGCUUUUUUAAUGCCUGGUGGUUUGGCUGGAUCGCCAAGCCAGCCCAGAGGCGUGGAGUCUGA